AUGGAGUGCGAGGAACGGCCCAAGCAUGACCUCAAGUUGAAGGGUGUCAUCACUACCGUCAACGUGGAGGGCCCUGGUCCGUUCAAGAUCUGUAUGGAGUCUUGCAGGUCCAAGAUUUGUGCUGUGCAGGAGCAUCGCACGUUAUCGCAGCACUUACCUGCCCUGCAGUCGCAUGUUCGAGACCUGGGGUAUCACGGUUUCUUUGGAGGUGCUGUGCAGACGGAGGCUGACGGCAAGUCAGGUGGGGUUGUGAUCGUGGCUGUUUACCUCAUUUCUGGACAAGGUAUGAGUGCGGCCAACGAG